AAUACGAGCACGAAAAUUUUAAUAAUCGCGCAAAUUAAUUUUCGUUUCUAGACCACUUACAAAACUGUUCAAAUAAAUUAGACAAAUAAAUAGAAUAAAAGUAGCUUUUUAUGUGUGAAAAGUGUACUAAUUAACAAUGUUAACAGAGGUAUCUUUCGAUGUAAUUUGUUGAACGUGUUUAACCAGACGUCUCCAUGCGCAACAAAAUGAAUCCAUUCAAAAAUUUGUUUUUCGUAUUUUUCCUUCUGCUUGAAGUAACGGCAAGCGACGAAAAGAAGGAUUGGUGGCAAAAAACUGUUUUUUAUCAAAUUUAUCCGAGAAGUUUUAAGGAUUCGAAUGGCGAUGGGAUCGGCGAUAUUGAUGGAAUUACAUCGAAAUUGGAAUAUUUGAAGGAAACGGGCGUUGAUGCAAUUUGGUUGUCACCGAUUUUUUUCUCGCCAAUGGUCGAUUUUGGAUAUGAUAUUGCGGAUUAUUACAAAAUUCAUCCGGAAUAUGGAAAUAUCGAUGAUUUUGAUGUGAUGAUGGAUAAGGCGAAGUUGCUGGAUAUUAAAGUUAUACUCGAUUUUGUGCCAAAUCACACUUCUGAUCAACACGAAUGGUUCAAACGUUCCGUGGAUCGCGAAACAAUUUACGAAGAUUAUUACAUUUGGCACGAUGGGAUUCCAAAUCCCAAAGGAGGACAACCUCUCCCUCCGAACAAUUGGGUUUCUGUCUUUUACGGCUCCGCAUGGGAAUAUCACCCAGUGCGACAUCAAUAUUACUUGCAUCAAUUCACAAAACAGCAACCUGACUUAAACUUCAGAAAUCCUCGCGUAAUCGAAGAAAUGAACUCAAUUCUUCGUUUUUGGCUCGGAAGAGGCGUUUCUGGCUUCCGAAUCGAUGCCGUCAACCAUUUAUUCGAAGUUGAAGAUUUCGCGGAUGAACCUCCUACGGGAAAAGUAACCGAUCCGCUAUCCUACGAAUUUUUGCACCAUUAUCACACAACGGACUUGCCCGAAUGUUACAGCGUAAUUUAUGCCUGGCGUGACUUGCUCGAUGCAUGGCAGGAUGAGCAUCAGACAGAGACCAAAAUAAUAAUGACCGAGGCAUAUGCUAAUUUAACGUUCACCAUGCGUUACUAUGGCACCAACGAGGACAACAAGCAGCAGUUGGGUGCCCAUAUUCCCUUCAAUUUUUUGCUAAUUUCCGAUUUGGAUCGCGACUCGACAGCGCCAGAUUUUGUCCACACGAUUAACAAAUGGUUAACUUACAUGCCGAACACUUUGUCCAACACGAUAACAGCUAAUUGGGUGAUGGGAAAUCAUGAUCGUUCACGGGUAGCAACGCGUUAUGGAUAUGAGAAAAUUGAUGUUAUGAAUAUGCUUUUGUUGACGUUGCCAGGCAUUGGAGUGACAUAUCAGGGAGAAGAAAUCGGCAUGACAGAUUACUCCGACAUCUCAUGGGAAGACACCAAAGAUCCCGCAGCACUCAACACAAAUCCCGAAGUCUACAAAGAAUAUUCUCGUGACUUUGUUCGAACUCCCUUCCAAUGGGAUUCGAGUCGUUAUUCCGGCUUUACCGAUGGCAACACGACUUGGCUACCCGUAAAUCCCAAUUAUCGCGCCUUAAACCUAAAAUCGCAACAAGAAGCUGACAAAAGUCAUUGGAAAUUGUAUCAACAAUUAACUCAACUGCGAAACCACGCAACUUUCCUUCAUGGCACUUUUCGACCCAUGACUUUUGGAACGAGCGUUAUUGCCUAUACGAGAGAACAUCCCAACAGCGAAACUUUUGUCGUCGUUUUAAAUCUCGGAAAAUUACGAGAAAUUGUGGAUUUGAGUGUAUUUUUAACGUUGCCCGAUGAACUUGUCGUGGAGGCGACCGGUAUUCGAUCAACUUAUGCCAUUGGCUCAACGGUGUUAACAAAAUCAAUAAUGUUGGACUACGACGAAAGUCUCGUGCUCAAGUCGCCAAAGCCGCAUGCCACGAGGAAGACAAGCGAAAGACUUCCAGUGCGUGUUCGACGAUUAAUGGAUCGCAAGUUAAUCGGUAUCGAAUUAAGGGACGUCAUUGCCGCAGUAGCAACUUUAUUCGCUCUUUUAGUGCUCGGCUACCAUUAUGUUACAUGUUGUAAUUGUGACAAAAUUUGCGAAAAAAUGAAAGGAUUUGAUGAGGAUUUGUAAAAAUCGAUAAAUUUAUUUUUUUUGCUUUAUUGGGCCAUGAAAACGAAUCUCGCUACCGCAAGAAGAAGUAAUCCAAUUGAGAGUUGUGCGACAUUGGCACCAUUAUCACGUGAUCGUAAAAUAACCGCAGCAUAAUCUCCCAAUGUCAUGUUGCUCGUGUCAACUUCAUCGCUGUAAAAAUGUAGGAAAUGUAGGAAAAAUCGUUGAAAUGAAAGAAAUAAAUGUAAAGUUGUAAAAUUGCUGUUCAGUGAAUGUCGUGUCAAGUCAUUCAUUUGCGAGUUAAUUGCUUAAUUGUCUAUAUCU